AAUAGAAAUGAGACCCAAAAAAUCAUAAUGAAGAUUAUUGAUCAUCGUCGAAAAGAAAUUGAAGAUCACAAGGAAUUAGGAACUAUUAGUGGAGGAAUUGAAACAACCGCAAAUUUAUUAUGUUUUGUCAUAUAUCAUAUGGCUCAUCAUCCUAAUGUAUUAGUUCGCUUGAGAGAAGAACUUGAUACCAUUUUUGAUUCUGAUAAUAAUCGUCAAAUGACGAUGGAAGAUCUUUCAAAAAUGCGUUAUACAGAAGCUAUAAUCAAAGAAUGCGCUCGUCUUAUAACUCCCGCAAAAUUUGCUCAACGUAACUCUUCCUUACCAGAUACGAUAGUCGAUCGUGAAUGGCCUGCAAAUACUGCGUUCUAUGCAUAUAUUGAAGGAAUUCAUCAUAACCCCAUUCAUUGGAAGGACCCGCUUAAAUUCAAUCCUGAUCGAUUUAUGGAUUCUGAACCACAAAAGAACACAUUUUUGAUGUUUGGAGGUGGAGUGCGGAUUUGUCCAGGAAGAAAGUUAGCACUUAUAACAAUGAAAUGUCUAGUCUCUUUGAUUUAUAAAAAUUUGGAUAUUACAUUAGUAGACAUGGAUGCUCCUUUGAAAUUAAAGAAUAAAUUAGUAAACGCCUGCACUGAAUUAAAGGUUAGAGUUGAGCAAAGAGAGGCGCAUUUUAAAGUAUAA